AUGAUGGGGUCAGCGCGCGUCAUCAGGUGCCUUGAGGAGAAUCGGAAGGUCCUCACGCAGCAGUGCACCGCGGCACUCUUCGACCACGAGGUGCGCAUGGCUGAGGACAUCGACUUCAAGUACCCCAUGCGCAAGGCCUGCGCCUGGGAGAUCUCCUCCCUCUGCCAGAACGUGCCGCACGGCCACGCUCGCGUCAUCCGCUGCCUGCAGGAGCACCUGGAUGACGAGGACAUGAGCAGGGAGUGCAAGGAUGAGGUCACGCGCGACACCAACCGGGCGGCCCAGGACUACCGCCUCAACUGGCGGCUCAGCAAGGCCUGCGAAAAGGACAUCUCCGGCCUGUGCAGCGGCCUGUGCUCUGCCAACAGCAACCAGCCCUGCGGGGGUGUGGUGCUCCACUGCCUCACAGAGCGCCAGGAAAACAUCACCAGCCAGGCCUGCAACGACGAGGUGUUUUACUACCAGCUGAUGGAGGUCAACGACUUCAGGAAUGACGUCAUCUUGGCAGAGGCCUGCAGGGCGGACGUCGAUAAGUACUGCAAAGACGUGGAGCCGGGUUAG